AUGGCUGCAUUCAUCAGGGAUUCUGUACAUCGCUUGCGCCGAAAGCCUCGCUGGGCAGCUCUUUUCAAUUUUGCCGCGAAAAAGCACAUCCCCCUCAUGAGCUUGGCUCUUCUAAUGACCGUGGCCGCAAGUCUCGUGAUUCCAGUGUUCGCUAUCUUUCUCGGUCAAAUAUUCGAUGCUUUUACUUCGCUUGGAGGAGGUGAAAUUUCCAGCCAGGACCUGAUUCAAAAAACAACAAAGGGUUGCAUCGAACUGGUAAUCCUCGGUGUCAUCGGAUGGUUCUGCAAUGGGAUCUAUUUCACCUUUUUUGUUGCCUUGGGGGAGUUACAGGUUGCAGAAGCUCGGAGGGAGCUCUUCGAAGGCUUACUACGAAGAGAUCAGGAAUGGUUUGAGAAUCAGGAGGUCGGUGCAAAGGCAUUUCUGUCUACUUUGCAAUCUCAGCUACAUGAGUUGCAGAUGGCAACCUCGCAACCCCUAGGACUAGUAUUGCAAUAUUCCUUUCGAGCCCUUAUAUCCCUGGGUCUAGCUUUUUAUACCUCCUGGAACCUUUCUCUCGUUACCCUAGCCGGAAUUCCGAUAUUUACUGGUAUCAUCUCAUUCCUCUCCUCCAGGAUGGAACCUCGAAUCCAGCAACAACAAGCCGAGCUGACGGGGGCUUCGAAAGUUGUUACCAACGCUACCAACUCAAUAGAUGCCGUGAAGUGCUUCAACGGACAGAAUUUCGAGCACCAGAACUUUGUAAAGAGAGUUGAUCAAGCUGCGUCCCACUAUCUCAAGCAAGCACGCCUUAACGCUUUGCAAAUCGCAGCAAUUCGCUUAAUGACCUUCAGCAUGUUCGUUCAAGGGUUUUGGUACGGCAGCAACCUGGUGGCUUCUGGGAAAAUUUCAUCCGGAGAAGUGUUGCGAACCUUCUGGGCCUGUUUGGCGGCAGCCCAGUCUAUGGAACUAGCACUUCCGCAGGUCAUCGUGAUAGAAAAGGGAGUAGUCGCGGCGACCGCACUGAAAAAGACCAUAGAAUUUCAAAACGCACCUCAUUCUACGGAGGAGGUGAAAGGUAGAUCCUAUCCGCAUUAUUGCGAGGGGAAUAUUGAGGUGAACGAGCUUAACUUCACUUACUCUUCUCAAUCUGAUCGGCCAAUUCUAAACUCCGUCGGGUUCUUCUUCCCGGCUGGAGAUACAACGUUCGUUAUUGGGGAAAGUGGAUCUGGUAAAAGCACACUGGGACAGCUUCUUAUGCGGUUCUAUCUACCGACAUCCGGAGAAAUUCGGAUCGAUGGUACUCCCAUACAGAACCUGGAUAUCAAUUGGAUCCGAAACAACAUCACACUGGUUGACCAACGGAGUGUCUUAUUCAACGAGUCCAUCUUCAUGAAUAUCGCAUUCGGGCGCCGUGAUUACAAUGACAUCAAAAAAGAUGAUCUCAAAGACAGUAUCAAUCUGGCAAUGCUACAGAGUGUCAUCGACAGCCUACCCCAUGGGAUCGACACCCUGGCCGGCCCAGGGGGGAACUUUCUCAGUGGUGGCCAGAGACAAAGGGUGGCAAUUGCUCGGUCUAGGUUGAGAGAUACCCCGAUAUUAAUCUUAGACGAGCCCACAAGUGCGCUAGACCACACGAAUCGUGUCGAAGUGAUGAAGGCCAUUCGAAGAUGGCGGAAAGGGAAAACGACCAUCAUCAUUACCCACGACCUUACGCAUAUCCGGGAGAAUGAAUUUGUCUACAUCCUUGAUAAAGGGUCGGUUGUUCAGGCUGGAUACAGAUACCAGCUAAGCAAAAUUCCCGAGAACGAACAGUUGUUCCCAGAUGGCCACAAAGACCGCGCUUCUGCAGAUACUUUGGUUCCUCAGGAAGACAGGGCUCUUGUUAAUCACAAGUUUGAAACAACUGGACCCUAUUCCGCAAUACGACGUUCGAGCGUGGGCAUAGAUGGCAGAAAGAGACAUUCUCGAUCGAGUAUGUCACAUGCGUUAGGUUCCCCUUGGGAUCUCCCUCUCACGGUCCGAUACAGUCUUGGUGUCAAAGACACAGCCAGCACAAUUGACAUGUCAGCGUAUGAGCUUGAUGAUAUGCAAUCAUGUAGCACCAACAAGGCCAGAUACUCCCAUGUUUCUAAUGUUAACGACUAUCCUCCAACACCGAUUGAGGCAACACCUCAAGCCCAAUCACCGACAAGCUCGAUGAUGUGCCAUAGAAAACAACAGAACGCCGCAUCGCUCACCCGAAUAAUGCUGACAAUUGUGCCAACGCUGACGAGAAAACAGCGGUUCCUUUUGCUUAUUGGAUGUUUAUGCACUUUGGGACAUGCCUCUACGACUCCUCUAUUUUCCUUUUUCCUAUCCCAGCUUCUGCAGACAUUCUACAACUCAAAAUCCAGCUCCAUCAAGUGGGCGUUAGCUGUGCUAGGUGUUGCACUGGGCGACGGAAUUAUCUCGUUCUUUAUGCACUAUUUCUUAGAGAUAUGUGGCCAGGCCUGGGUUGACUGUCUGAGAAAAAGGGGCUUUCGACGUGUGCUAGACCAACCUAAGAAGUGGUUUGAUGAAGAAGGACACAGUCCCUCUCAGCUGACGGCAAAUCUCACCAUGGAUGGAGAAGAGAUGCGCAAUAUCGUCGGUUGCUUCGGGUGCUUCGUUCUGGUUGCCGGUGCGGUCAGCAUUAUGGCCGUCGUAUGGAGCGUUGUCGUUUGCUGGAAGCUUACAGUUGUUGCACUGGCCUGUGCACCCAUCAUAUAUGCUAUCACGAAGGGGUUCAAUGGCACGAGUGGACUGUGGGAAAAGAGAUGUACCGAGGCCAAGAACCUCGCGUCAGAAGUGCUCAUCGAGAUGUUCUCGGAGAUUCGGACAGUGCGGGCCUUGACUCUGGAGUCCUUUUUUCAUCGGAAACAUUUAAAUGCGGCCGCGAAGUGCGUGACUGUUGGCCUCAGAAAAGCAGUCUACACUGGGAUUCUAUUUGGGCUGGUCGAAGUCACUAUCAUAUUCGUCAGCGCUUUGAUCUUCUUCUACGGCGCGGUUUUGGUCUCAUACGAAGGGUUCACAGUCAAUAGUAUUCUGACCGUGUUCUCCAUGCUUCUUUUCAGCAUUGGCUACGCGGGCACUGUUUUUUCGUGGAUUCCGCAAAUAAGUACUUCACGAACAAUGGGGUCUCGACUCCUACGCCUUGCAAAUCUUCCUGAGGGGAAAUCCCACGAGUACUACGGAGACAUUGGCCUUGCCCGGGCUGGUCCCGUGAAAAUAUACAACUUAGAUUUCCACUAUCCCUCGCGAUCGGAUGCUCUUGUUCUGAGACAGGUAUCGAUCGCCUUCCCCGGGGGUUCAUGCACGGCCAUCGUCGGACGAUCGGGGUCAGGGAAAUCGACCAUUACGUCGCUGCUACUAUCCCUCUACGAGGUUCCGCUGUCCAGCGACAACAGGCCAACGAUCUCACUUGGAGGCAUUGACAUUCGCCGUCUGCACACACCGACUCUUCGUUCCUUGGUCGCAGUCGUUUCACAGCAACCAACCCUAUUUCCGGGAACUAUUGAAGCUAAUAUCAGCUACGGGUUGGAUGAACGUUCCCCGCUUAACACUCUGCGUAAUGUACGCGCUGCAGCCAAGGCCGCCGGUAUCGACGAUUUCAUUUUGUCGCUCCCUCAAGAUUAUUCCACCGUCAUCGGGGACGGCGGACUCGGUCUUUCCGGGGGACAGGCGCAACGGGUGGUCAUUGCACGGGCGCUCAUUCGUCGACCACAGGUCUUGAUCCUUGACGAGGCCACGUCCAGUCUCGAUCCGGCCAGUGCAGCGGUGAUCCGAGAGACCGUGCAGCGGCUGGUCGCGGCCCAACUAGGGCUAACCGUUAUCAUAAUCACGCAUGCAAGGGAGAUGAUGGAGAUUGCGGACAAUAUCGUCGUUCUCGAGCAGGGCCGCGUCAUGGAAACGGGAUCGUACCAGGCCCUCGUCGCCCGGGCCGGAGGGAGUCUGAAGGCAUUGGUAGAAGGUCAAAAAAACACAAGUGAUGCCAAUUCAUAG